CAAUAUCCAUUUAUCAUUGGAUUGGGUAAUUCAAAGACUUCUAUUAGUGUUGAACAAACUUUUCCUGAUUUAUUUUUUCGGUUACCGGAUAUUUCUUUUAGUGAUAUUCAUGCUAAAGUUAAUCAUC